GCAGUGUGUUCAGCGCGGGGACAAAAAUGUCACUAUGAUAUUAUUGAUAUCUCUUUGCGGGGCUCCAUUGCCGAUCUGAAGAUCCCAGCGAAUCUCACAAGUGACCAAGACGGCGACAACGAGCUUCUCGGAGGGCAAUAAUGGCAUCGGCUUUUAUCAAGCUGGACGAUUCCCCCAUGUUUCAGAAGCAGAUAUGUUCUCUUGAAGAAAUGACUGAUGAGCUAGCAGAUCGCUGCCAGAAAUUAUUCAAAGGGUGCAAGAAAUUUAUGGCAGCUUUGGGAGAAGCUUAUAAUGGAGACAUUGCCUUUGCUGAUGCUUUAGAAGUAUUUGGCGGUGGGCAAGAUGACCCUGUUAGUGUAUCAAUUGGAGGACCUGUUAUAUCUAAAUUUAUCAGUGCACUUCGUGAGCUUGCAUCUUUUAAAGAGCUUCUCCGGUCACAGGUGGAGCAUGUGUUGAUUGAUCGGCUGGUGCAGUUUAUGAAUGCUGAUUUACAAGAUGCAAAGGAUUCUCGCACUCGUUUCGACAAAGCUGUACAUUCAUAUGAUCAGGCACGAGAAAAAUUUGUUUCUUUGAAGAAGAAUACGGGAGACAUUGUUGCUGGAUUAGAAGAGGGUCUUCAAAAUUCAAAGUCAGCAUUCGAGAAAAGUCGCUUUAAUCUAGUAAACUCACUCAUGAACAUUGAAGUGAAAAAGAAGUAUGAAUUCUUGGAGUCCUUUAGUGCAAUAAUGGAUGCUCAUCUUAGAUACUUCAAGCUGGGUUAUGACUUGCUGAGCCAAAUGGAACCCUAUAUUCACCAGGUAUUAACAUAUGCACAACAAUCUAAAGAGCUGGCUAAUGUUGAACAAGAUAAGCUGGCAAAACGAAUUCAGGAAUAUAGAACACAAGCUGAGCUGGACAACUUACGAGUUUCUAGUAAUGCUGAUACUUUAUCUGGUGCUGACGGCAGCCGCGUUGUUGGUUUGAACUCAUAUAAGAUCUCUGAAGUAGGGAUCCAGAAUGUGCCCCAAGGUGAGUGUCAAACAAUUAAGCAAGGCUAUCUGCUAAAACGAUCCUCAAGACUGCGAGGAGAUUGGAAACGGAGGUUCUUUGUGCUCGACAACCAAGGGAGUUUAUAUUACUAUAGAGCAAAGGGAGCCAAGGCUAUGGGCUCUCAAUCAUAUCAUUUUACUAGAUCAACUGAACAAAACAGUGGCAUGUUUGGUAGAUUCCGCUCCAAGCACAACAGGGCAGCAUCACUUAAUGAGGAACUUCUGAGUUGCCGUGGGGUUGAUCUGUGCACAUCAACUAUAAAGAUGGAUGCAGAUGAUUCAGAUCUACGACUUUGCUUUCGCAUAAUUUCCCCAUCUAAAACAUACACAUUGCAGGCUGAAAAUGAAGCUGAUAGGAUGGACUGGGUGAAUAAAAUCACUGGAGCUAUUACUUCACUUUUCAACUCUCAGUUUCUUCAACAGCCUAAUUGGCUAGGAUUGCAUCAAGAAAAUGAUAAAUCAGCCAUUGGUGCUUCAUGCAAUAGUCAAUUGCAGCAUAGCCGUGGUUCUUUGACUGAAGAAAUAUAUUCCAAUGAAGUGGAGAGUGUCUCUAAGAUUUUAUGGGGAAUUCCUGGAAAUAAUAGGUGUGCGGAGUGCAGUGCAACUGAACCAGACUGGGCAUCUCUUAACCUUGGGAUAUUGCUCUGUAUUGAAUGCUCUGGUGUUCAUCGAAAUCUUGGAGUUCACAUAUCAAAGGUGAGAUCUAUAACGUUAGACGUCAAGGCUUGGGAACCUACUAUUCUGGACUUAUUCCGGAAUUUGGGUAAUGCAUAUUGUAAUUCUAUAUGGGAGGAAUUGCUACAUGACAACGCAUGGAAAGAUGUGUCAACGGUGCCAAUUAAACCAUGCCCCACAGAUGCCUUUCAAGAGAAGGAAAAGUACAUCCAUGUGAAGUACAUAGAGAAGUCACUAAUCAAUAAAGAGACUGUACCCGGGAACCCUUCUCUUGCCAUAAGAAUCUGGCAGGCUGUCCAGGAUUUGAAUAUACGAGAAGCGUAUCGCCUCAUUGUCACUUCAGAUGCAACUCUGGUAAACACCAAAUAUGAUGAUGUGGUUCACCGUGCUGAGGCAGAAAACUUGGAUUGCAGAUGUAGCACAACUAAAAACCAGCAAAAUCCUGAUAAUCCUGUGAGCUGUCUCCAAGGUUGUUCGCUGUUACAUCUGGCUUGUCAUUCUGACAGUGAACUAAUGGUUGAGUUGUUGCUUCAAUUUGGUGCGGAUGUAAAUGUGCAAGACGCCCAUGGCAAGACUCCCUUGCACCAUUGCAUUUCUAGAGGAAAAAAUCCUAUGGCAAAGCUUCUUCUGCGAAGGGGUGCAAGACCUUCCAUUAAAGAUGGUGAUGGAUUCACUGCACUUGAAAGAGCAAUGGAGAUGGGAGCAAUAACUGAUGAAGAGCUAUUUAUUUUGCUUGCCGGAUCCGCUUAAAAAUGGAAAUGGUGCGUGCUUCUCUUGGAUCAUUGCACUUGUAAAUCACAUGCUGCUUUGAGGCUUUUUUAUCCAUAUUAUCGAUCUGCAACACACGGCAUUGGUUGAUCAAUAUUCCUUCAGUCUGUUUAUGUUAUGAUUCCUAAACUUUUAAGAAAAAUUGUAACCUGUAUUACGUAUUCUUCUUCUUCUAAACUUUUUUUUUUUUUAAUGGUGAACUGUAAUUUUCGUGCAUAUAUUUGUACGUUCCUAGGUUGCAGACCAUGUUUGAUUUGGCACCGUUUUAGUAGCCCAAGAAAAUUUUCGAACGUAAUUGAAUCAAUAUACGUGUCUUUGUCUC